AUGUCGCCCUUCCCCAAGGCCCUCCAACUCGGCAGAGGUGGCCUCGAGCCGGAGGCUGUUCCUACCCCCUCGAGGUGCAGCAGCCAUGGCUAUUGCUACCCUGUGGCAGUGGACUUCAACAAGGGCCACAAAGUCACCAAGAACGUGAACAAGCCGAGGCCCAGCCGCCGCUGUGGACGCCUCACCAAGCACACGAAGUUUAUCGGGAACAUGAUCCAGGAGGUGCGUGACUUCGCACCUUACGAGCAUCGCGCCAUGGAGCUGCUCAGGGUCUCCAAGGACAAGCGGGCCCUCAAGUUCAUCAAGAAAUGGGUGGGGACACACAUCCGCGCCAAGAGGAAGCAAGAACUCAGCAAUGUUCUGGCCGCCAUGAGGAAGGCGGCUGCCAGGAAGGACUGA